AAUAUCUUGAUCUUUACGAAGGUAAUUGAAGGAUCUGAAAUGAAGACACGUCAGCUAUAGACCUUACUUAACUAUAUAAAUAAGGACAAAAAUUGAAUACUGUGUGCCUUUGUUAGCUAGCUUGGGGGAUCCAGAAUAUAUGAAUUAUUAACCAGGAUUCCUAAUUUCAGUCGUUACAAUGGCAACAACACACAACAGAUUCAAGAACAAGGAUCCAACAUCAGAUACUCCUGAAACAAAGGAAUCUUCCAGAAUGAAUGAACCAAAGAUCAAACAGUUUCAUUACGUCUCUUUGUCCUUGGUUGAGACCAUUUUGAACUGGGUUAUUUGGCUUGGAACUGUGGCCUAUAUGAUGUAUAUACUUGUAGUAGUAUCCAAUAAACAUAAAGAUGAGCUUUAUCCUGAAGAUUUUUCAAAAGGCUGGAAAAUCAUUGGAAGAGAAAAGGAUUCUUCGGACAUGGAAUGGGAGUUUUGGUCUAGCCUAAAGCUGGAGUUUGUGUCAUCUUUAGCAAUUCAUUCUAUUGGAGGAUUUAUUAUUUCAUAUUAUAUCCCUAAGUUCAAGGCAUUAUUCUACCUGGUCUACACCUUAGUAUUCCUGGUAUAUCUUCUUGGCAUUCUUCCUGUAGUCUACAUGUUGGUCCACCUUUGCAUCAUGUACCUUGCUUCACUGUCACAGUCUGUGCUAGCUGUCUGGGGAGUUGCCCUAUCGAUUCUUGCUUCUCUACAGAUGGAUGACAUACGACAUUGGCAGUAUAAGUACCUGACGAAUGAUUCACAGCACAGAGAUUUAACUCUCUUCAUCUCACUCAUGUCUCUUCUACGCUCAAUAAGUUUCUGUCUGGACCAUUGUUCACACAAGAAGAACACUGAAGAGAAAGAGCCAGCAUCUUCGUACUCCUUCUUCAACCUCUUGUCUUACAACUUCUAUCUUCCUCUGUUUAAUAAUGGACCAGUAAUGAUGUUCGAUACUUUUUACAAAGAAUUCUAUCAGCCACCUCGUCCAUUCACAAAAGAAGAAAUUCUCUCUCUCAUCUGGGACUCUCUCCGUACGCUCUGGUGGUACAUAUGUUUCGAGGUCUAUCUACACUACGUCUACUCUUCAGCUAUAGUUCAUGAACCUCCUGUCUUCAUGGAUUUAUCCAAUUGGUCUUUAGCUGCCUUGUUCUAUUCACAACUCCAUAUAUUCCUCACUAAGUAUGUGGUGUUGUAUCAGUUGUCUCGUAUCUUUGCUCGCCUUGAUCGACUGGAUCCACCGCAGAUACCACGCUGUGUGUCGUCCUUGUACACGUUCACCGAUAUGUGGAGAUAUUUCGAUCGUGGUCUAAACAUCUGGAUGAAGAGGUACAUCUAUGUACCCAUGGGAGGGUCCCGUAAGGGGGUUUUUCGUCAACUCCUUGGAUCAUUCUUGGCUUUUGGGUUCGUAUGGGCGUGGCAUGGCGGCAAUCCUGACACUCUGUGGUGGUUUAUGCCCAACUGGUUGGGCGUGGCCGUGGAAGGGUUUGCUGAGAACAUUGCAAUGUCACCAUUGGUUAUGAGAGUCGAGGAGCAUCUAUCGUUGCGCAUGCGUCGUCGUAUCCGUGCAGCACUCUGCACCGUCACGCUUUCAGGUCUGAUUCUAAGUAACAUGGUGUUCUUGAUUGGACCACGACCUGUGACGAUCUUUGUUAGAAGAGUAUUCUACCAAGGAUUUCCUUCUUCAUCGUUGGUUUGUUUGACCUGUCUUUACUUCUCGAUACAAACCAGUAUCGAUUUAAACAACUACAAAGGCGGCCAAUGGUAAGAUUACAAGACUCCAUGGUCAUCCUUACCCAUCCUAACCGUAGUGGCAAGAAAGAAUUCUGUUCUUUUCCAUUGUGUACCAGAGGAUGAAGCUCGUUUCCAUUCAGAUUUGCAUGAAAUGGUAGAGCAAAGGUAGAGAGCUAGGAUUACAUGAAUUUGAGGUCAACUCACGUGACUGGCUGCAACACGGAAAAGAUAAAAGACGUCACCCGCAUGAAAGAUCAAUAACAUCCAGCUUAGGUUACACUUCCACGUCAUCAAAGCAUGUUGUAUCGUAAUUCCAAUCCUUUGAAGUAUUCAUCCAGUAGUUGCCUAAUUUUAACAUAGAUAUUAUAGUGUAUGUAUUGUACAGUCUAUGUAAUGUAUAUUAACUGCAUAGUCAUAUAAACUAAUUAGAAAAAUUUAGUUUAUUUUGAUGCGAUAAAUACUUCAGCACGUUCUGUUAUAGUCGUCUAUAGUUAAUAUGACAACGGCCGUCUAUAGAGGACAUGCGCAAUCACGUGCCGGUGGCCAUCUUGGAUGGCAGUGCAUUAUUCUUGAUUGUUUUUGCGCCUGUCAUCCAACAUGGCUGCCAUCACGUGAUCGUUCAACUCCCCGCAACUCCUUUACAUAAACAACAAUCCACUAAUAUGCACAUAAUAAUGUUGAUAAUAACCCUUGUCUUCCCAUCAUGCUUUACGGUGCUUUAAAAAUCGUUACGUCAAUUAAAUGUACACAGGUAGCCCACCUAUAGAAACACUAUAAUGACCGCAAAGCAUGACGGUAGACAAGCGUGAGGCAGCUUUGAUUACAUAAGCUAAGAAAGAAACCACUAAAGUUAUGAAUGGCUAGAAAAAAUUUAUAUCAGUAAUAUUAAAAAAUAUUAAACG